AUGCCUGUGUUGAAGGAAGCCAAGUACAGAGUCCUGAACAAAGACGCGUUGGAGAUUUUGGACAUGGAACAGAUGGAACUUCUGGCCGACAGAGGCAACUCGGAGGUGAUCGUAGCGGCGAGAGUUCGACAACCGAAGGUGAAAAGGGUUCUGAAGAAGUUCUUGUUGUUUGAGGAUGACGACGAUACCUCGAGGAUGUGGAAACGGUCCUCCUUUGAACACGAGCUGUCCUUCUUGCAAUCCCUGGAGCACCAUAACAUCGUCAGGGUGUUGGCUGCUUUUCAGUGCCCGUCCUAUUUGGGCUUUGCGAUGGGGUAUCAUCCCACGGAUCUUUCCCAUGGACUGCUUGACGUGACCUACUUCGAGGCGGAAUCCUACACAAGUCAGCUCACGAACGUCAUGUGCUACUUGCACCGUCAGCGCAUCAUCCACGGAGAUCUCAAGCUAGGGAACGUUCUCCUAGACAGAGCCGGCAGGGUCAAACUCUGUGACUUCGGUCACUCUCAGGUCAUUCUCGAGGAUACAGACAAGCCCGACGGGUGGGGAGGCACCAACGGUUAUCAGCCACCAGAGUUAUACGACAGCCAAGUUCACAACGCCUUCAAGAUGGAUAACUACUCCCUGGGCAUCUUGCUGUGGGCUUUGUUCUUCGGGACUGCUCCUCGCGACAACAUUGACUAUCUGAAAGAAGUGGACAACGGUUCGUUUCUCAAGCCACAACAUAAGCACUGUCUUCAGCGGCUUCUGGCUCUAUCCCCGACACACCGAGCAUACAUUUGGGAGAUUGCUAGGAUUCUCAAGGACCAGGACACAUCAGAACGUUAUGUGAGUAAGGGCUCUGUGUGUUCUCUGAGCUCCGAGAGUUCUUCGGACUCUGCUCAAGCGAAUCAGUCAUCUCCAGACAACGGUUCUUCUGUAACGGAACGUCCAGAGAGUGCGGCCGUGUGGAACCAGUUCCUUGCCCCACCACCCCCACACCCCCAGGCCACAUCCUGCUACCUUCUUCCUCAAACGGCAUAUCCUGACAGUGGAGACGUCCCAACCAACUUGGCUCCGACUUGGCCGCCUCUCCACCAAGACCUUUGA